AUGAGUGCUUUGAACGCUUCAAUGAACUUAGGAGCCGGCUCCGAAAUAGCCAUUGACGUUGACGAGGCGGAUAUGUCAAUUCUGGACGAGAAUCUCAAAUUGACAGAUGAGCUAACCGCAACGCUAUCUGCGAAGCUUCACAGGGUUUCAACAAGCAGUGCUCUCGCGAUCAAGUCAAUCAACCCGCUGAUGGUCAAAAUUAACCGUCUCAAAGUGCAGCAGAGAAACUUUCAAAACAUAUUCAAGUUGGUCGAAAAUAUCAAGGACUACGCACAGGAGAUCAGCAGUUUAGACAAAUCAAUGAGCACCUUUAGUGGACUCAACUCCGUCUCACAAAUAACCAGCUUCUGCAACAUUGUUGACAAAUAUCAGGGAAUCCAGCAUGAAUUGGAAUCCAGGAAUUUAAGUGACUUUGAAGGUUUGCGCAAAGGACUUGAUUCGUCUCUACGAGAUGCCGAUGUAACUCUUAAAUUCGAAUUUAUCAAUAAGCUCAAAACAUUAAGCAAGAGGCUCAAAAGCAAUGGUAACAAAUAUGGAAAGGAAGAGGACGAUAUAAUAGUGCAGCUCAAGCUGAUGUAUGAUUUUAUGAAACGCAGCCGUGCAAAGAAUAUGCUAGAUACCCUGAUCAAGGAAAGAGCAGACUAUAAUCUUUCAACUCUUCGUGCGCUUAACUUAGACCUCCCCACCCUUGUCAAAGAUCAAACAUAUUACUACGAUGGAGACAAAAACCAAAGGUACUUUGUUAAUUAUUCCAAAAUGCUGCAAAGUCUUCUCUAUGGAGAGCCUCAUUUUCUUUCCAAGUUCUUCGAUGAUUUCAAUGACAUCAAUCAGCUUCUUUUUGAGAUAUUCUCGCCUUCUCUUGAAAACUUUGUCAACCAGUUCAACAAUUUCUCAAGUUUUGUUGAAAUCCACCAGUCAAGCUACAGCUCCAUGUAUUUUGAAAUUGAUCACGGUCUGUCAUUGAUUCUAAGCGCUUUCAGAAGACUCAACCUGAUAAUUCCACGCCAAAUAUCAGAGCUGGAGUCCGAGUCUCUUACGCAUUGCCAGUCGGUUUUCUCAGGCUCCUUCAAAUAUAUUGACCAACGUUAUUCUGACAUGGUAGUCGGUGACAAUGUGAACGAAACUUUGAACAACACAUUCAUGUCUCUCAUCUCAAGAAUCAGUAAGAUGUGCCAGUUCCAAGAAUAUCAGCUAAAGAUAAUCUCAACCAUGAAGAACGGCAGCUGGUUGCCUGCAUCAAAACCUCCUGGAUUCCAGGAGGUUAGAAUGGGCUCUAACGACCCUACUUUCCUGUUGAGUGUUUUUUAUGGUGAUCUGAUCGAAUAUAACUUCUUCCAGCUUGAACGGAAGUAUAAGCCAAAAAUGAACGAGGAAGACCUUGGAGUUUUCCUGCUAUUCAAUUUAGAUGGGCUACAAAAUUUGCUGGAUAACAGUGGUCGACUGAAGCAGGUUCUUGGACACACAGGGCUCCAGCGAUUAGACAGAAUGAAGAAAAAAGCAAUGGAGAAGGCCACAGCGGAAUGGACAAAAAUGACUACCAAGUUGAUGCAGGCAUCUACCAGACAAGGAGACACGUUCAACCUCACUUCGAAGGAACUAGGAAAACUGAUUGACGAGUUCAACAAGAAUUUCGAAGAGAACUUCAAGAAGAUGCAGCACAAGAAACUUCCUGCAUUCUUCAAAAAGCAGCUGAAUCAGGAUAUUAACAAGAUGCUUGUUCCGGCUUACAGAGUUUUCUACACCAAUUUUACCUCCAGUGGCUCCUCUAAGAGCGUGGUGAAGCAUUUCAAAUAUGAUAUUAAUGGUCUGCAGAAGAAAAUAGCUGACCUAGGUUAA